AGUGUGCGUGGGGGGCGUUUGCGUUUGCAGCUCAGAAAUAAAUAGCAGGAAGGAGGAGGAAGGAACAAACUUUAAGAGACACCGCCACCGACAUCGCCUCGCCUCGUAACCCAAAUCCAAUCUAUCUUUCUAUCCAUCUCCUCCACGCGCAUUUCGGAUCCGACCGACCGCGCCGCGGACAGAGGUGAGGAUGUCGUCGUCGUCGGCGUCGGCGGCGCCCGCCGGGGCAGCGAGGCUGGAUCUGGACGGGAACCCCGUCGCGCCGCUCACCAUCUGCAUGAUCGGCGCCGGCGGCUUCAUCGGCUCCCACCUCUGCGAGAAGCUCAUGGCCGAGACCGCCCACGUCGUCUACGCCGUCGACGUCUACUGCGACAAGAUCCGCCACCUCGUCGACCCGGCCCCGCCCCACCUCGCCGGCCGCAUCUCCUUCCACCGCCUCAACAUCAAGAACGACUCCAGGCUCGAGGGCCUCAUCAAGAUGGCCGAUCUGACGAUCAACCUGGCGGCGAUCUGCACGCCGGCCGACUACAACACGAGGCCGCUCGACACCAUCUACAGCAACUUCAUCGACGCGCUCCCAGUGGUCAAGUACUGCUCGGAGAACAACAAGCGUCUGAUCCACUUCUCCACGUGCGAGGUCUACGGCAAGACCAUCGGCAGCUUCCUCCCCACCGACCACCCUCUCCGCAAGGAACCUGAAUUUUAUGUGCUGAAAGAAGAUGAAUCCCCUUGCAUUUUUGGUCCAAUUGUGAAACAGCGAUGGUCCUAUGCAUGUGCGAAGCAGCUUAUUGAGAGGCUUAUUUUUGCUGAAGGAGCAGAGAAUGGCCUUGAGUUCACAAUCGUGAGACCUUUCAACUGGAUUGGACCAAGGAUGGACUUUAUUCCUGGGGUUGAUGGUCCUAGUGAGGGUGUUCCUCGGGUUCUGGCAUGCUUCAGUAAUAAUCUCCUGCGUCGGGAGCCCCUGAAGCUUGUUGAUGGUGGCCAGUCUCAGAGAACUUUUGUUUACAUUAAGGAUGCCAUUGAAGCUGUUCACUUGAUGAUUGAAAAUCCUGCUCGUGCCAAUGGCCAAAUCUUCAAUGUCGGGAAUCCUAACAAUGAAGUCACUGUUAGGCAACUGGCUGAAAUGAUGACAGAGGUCUAUGCAAAUGUCUCAGGAGAGCCGCCACUGGAUGAACCUAUGAUUGACGUGAGUUCAAAGCAGUUCUAUGGUGAAGGAUAUGAUGAUAGUGAUAAGAGAAUUCCAGACAUGACCAUAAUCAACAAACAGCUUGGUUGGAACCCGAAGACCCCUCUCAAGGAUUUGCUGGAGACAACAUUGACCUAUCAGCACAAGACAUACAAAGAAGCUAUCAAAAGGCAAAUGUCACAGGCUUCAGCGUCGAGUUAGACAACACGCUCGGGGUCCAUAGAUGGUGAUAUAUGUUGCUCUUGUAGAGCAGUGUCAGUGGCUAUAAUCUUUUGGAAGUGGAAUCGAAUACGUAUACUACUCUAGUAAUCCUUUUUGUGCAUCUAGUCACUCCCUAGAUCCCUAUCAACUUAGGUUUCCUCCUGUGUAAGCCGGCAAAGGGAUUAUCCACCAUAUCUGUGGCAGAGUUGAUGUAUUCAUUUGUACCUUUGGUUGCUCCUCCUCCCGUGUCAAUUCUUUGUCAUUACUUUGUCGGUGAGAGCUAUUCUUGUUCAGUAUAGAUGAUUGUUCAAGGAAAUUAUGGGCUGGAAGAUAUAAUGGUUGAGUUCAAUUUCUUUGAUUUAGCAUAGCAGCUUAGUAGUAGUCGGUUAGAUGUAAACUCUGCUGAUUUCACU